GAUCAAACAAGUUUCUCACCUUGGGAAGCCAGGGACGCUUUCCCUAACUCUGCACGGCCCCUCCUUCCAGAGAAGGAGGAGGGUCCCAAGCCACUUUGUCCUCACCUUCAGACUGCUCCCCUGCAAGAGAGGGAGGAGAGAGUAGACAGCGACAGGCGCUGACUAUUUUGUGCGGGAGGGUAAGGGGGAAGGUGACAGCUUUGUUGUUCUGGGCCGAGCUCGAGCUGUACCUCGUGGGGCUCACAGGCUAGGGGAGGGUCAGCGGACCGUGACUGAGCCCGGGGGACUCGAUGCGGGGGUCAUGGACAGAGCGGCUCUCCCGGGACUGCCUCGCCUCUGCGUCCUGUGGGCAACUCUGCUCGCCCUGUUCCCCUGCGGAGUCCACGGGAACUGGAUGUGGCUCGGCAUCGCCUCCUUUGGGGUCCCAGAGAAGCUAGGAUGCGUUAACUUGCCUCUGAGCGGCCGUCAGAAGGAACUGUGCAAAAGGAAACCUUAUCUGCUGCCCAGCAUCCGAGAAGGGGCACGACUGGGCAUCCAAGAGUGCAAGAGCCAGUUCAAACAUGAGAGGUGGAACUGCCAGGUGUUCUCGCCCUCGGCCUCGGCCUCGGCCUCAGCCGCCGCCGCGCCCCACGCAGCCUCUCCCGGAGCCGCCCCUCUCUUCGGUUACGAACUGAGCAGCGGCACCAAAGAAACAGCAUUUAUUUAUGCGGUGAUGGCAGCAGGUCUGGUUCACUCUGUGACAAGAUCAUGCAGUGCAGGGAACAUGACGGAAUGCUCCUGUGAUACUAAUUUGCAGAAUGGUGGCUCAGCUACUGAAGGCUGGCAUUGGGGUGGCUGCUCUGAUGACAUCCAGUACGGCAUGUGGUUUAGCAGAAAGUUCUUGGACAUCCCCACCAAAAACACCACUGGAAAAGAUGAGAAACUGUUAGCAAUGAAUCUCCAUAAUAAUGAAGCUGGGAGGCAGGCAGUAGCCAAGUUGAUGUCAGUCGACUGCCGCUGCCACGGAGUUUCAGGUUCCUGUGCUGUGAAAACUUGCUGGAAAACCAUGUCUUCCUUUGAGAAAAUUGGUCAUUUUCUAAAAGAUAAGUAUGAAAACAGCGUGCAGGUCUCGGAUAAAAUGAAAAGAAAGAUGCGCAGGAGAGAAAAAGAGCAGAGAAAGGUAUCAGUGCGCAAGGAUGAUCUCCUCUACAUUAAUAAAUCACCCAACUACUGUGUGGAGGACCGAAAAUUGGGCAUCCCUGGGACGCAGGGCAGAGAGUGCAACCGCACUUCCGAAGGAGCCGACGGGUGUAACCUCCUCUGCUGUGGGAGGGGUUACAACACCCACGUAGUCAGACACGUGGAGAGGUGUGAAUGCAAAUUUGUCUGGUGCUGUUAUGUUCGAUGCAGGAGGUGUGAAAGCAUGACCGAUGUCCACACCUGCAAAUAAUCUGGGCUCCAUCCAGCCUCACCAAAAGCUCCCGGGUGAUGCACAACCAAAAUAUAACCGACUUAGUGUAUUUUUUUUCUGAAAGGGAAAGGUUUAUGAAGUUGAAUCAGGCCCGUCACCAUGUAUGGAUUUUAAUCUCUAACAUUUUCUUCUAAUUAAACUCAAGUUCACACUUCUUUGACGUGGAUCUCCCUGGAAUUCCAAAGGUUCAAUUCAAUUCAGCAAACAUUAAACACCUGCACUGUGCAAAUGUAUGUUUGGGCUCAUCUUAUCUGUUUAGAUGCCUUUUGGGUAGGGGACAAUGAACAAGGAAAACAUGAUAAUCUCCAAAGAGAAACAGGUCCACAGAGAUGUCAGUUCAAGAUGAGACGCUUGACCCAUAAUUGGCAUAAUUUGCCUAAAUGUAAAUUUAAUCAAAUAGAUAUAACUAUUUUUAAAAGAAUAUUGCUUAUAGCAACAAGGAGCACUUAAGCAAGGAUGUCAUCACACCUGUCAGUAUUUUUAAAGAAGGUUUGACAAAGAGUUCGUGGAAAAUGAAAUUGUAGAUAUGUUCAUGGAAGUGGAUAAAUGCAUUUACCCUUUCGACUGCUUAAGAAGGACAAAUUACCAAAAGUAUUAGGGAAAGACAAAACAUCUCUUAAAAUAUGGUGCCUAUUAAAUAUAGCUGGAAAUAGAAAUCUAUUUUUUAAAAAGUUAUAAAGUUUGAAUUUUAAUGUACCUUUGUAGUCUAAACUCAUGGAUUACAAAAAAAAAAAAAAACACCUCCACUACCCAAUAAAUGUUAUCCUAAAAACUGGCCAUUAGACACAGAAAUUAACAGACUAAUACAAACUGCUUAAGCUAUGUGAUUUUGUUGAAAGAAAAAAAAAUCCCUGAAAGUGUUAUAAAUCUGUGAAGAAAAAAGUUUAUUUGGAUGUUAAAAUAUUUUGAAAUGUAUGGAAUGACACUGUUUAAAUAUGUAAAGACAGUAUUUUGUAUAGUAUUUUGAUAAAUUUUUAUAUUUUGUAAAUAUAGUAUUUAAGUUAUAUGAAAUAUAAAAUGCUUCAAACAUGUCCUUUUUAAGAAUUCUGAACUACCGCAGUAAGAUCAUCUUUUAAAUCAUUGCUUUUAUACAGUCCCAUAGUAGAAAUCCUUGGCUUGUUUGCUUAUGUAGACUAAGAAAGGUAUUUGAAUAGUUAUGUGAAGUGGUUUAAUUCUUAACAGAAAGGCUGUUUUGUGUUACCGUUUGUU